CUGGGCACUGUUGGCUCUUGUUGUACACAACGUCUAAGUGGGUUUCCGUACACAGUUCCGGUUUGAAUUUUAAAGAGAAUACACGCGAAGAUGAUGUCGUCGUAUUACUUGGCCAUAAUUUUGGCUGUGCUUUUUGGUCAUCUACAAUUUCAGGCUAUUGUAGUAGCACGAGUUGCCAGACCAGCGCAUCGUCAUGCCAACGCCACAGUUUUCACGCCUGCUCGCACCCAUAACGGCGGAUACAAUCACUCGGCCUUUGGUCCCGUGAAUACAAACUAUACCCGUAACAUGGCACCACGUAAUGGGACCGUGCCAAUAUAUCACCAAUCUUCUUUUCAAGAUCCAGGAUUUGCAUUACCCCCUCAAAAUCGAACUUGGUUGCCCACCAAUCAGAUACUUUACGGCGCCACAUCAGGUAGUGUGUCAGCGCCAUCUGCACCAGCUUCAAGCGGCUGGAUAGCCAGCAAAAAUCCACAGACGGGAGCUCUUCCAUCGGGCUGGUUCCAACCAAACGCUCCACAAGGUCAGGUCGUCGCCCCAGCACUUAUCUUCAGAAAAAUCAAUGGAACUUCAUAUACAGCAUACAAUCAAACGACUCACACUGUUUCGCAAGGCGGGCGCGCAGUCAAUGGAAGUUCUUACUCUAGUCCUUAUGGAAACCUUUCUAUCUGAGCACAUUAGUCCUUUUUUAAAAACACAAUAAAUACAUCAAAGUUAUAAUUUUUUCAAAAACAA